AUGACAUCGAAACUGGAAUUCAAACGCGUAGAGCGAACGGAUACGACACAUUUUGUUUGUGUCGCGUCGAACAAGUACGGGACAGACAGAUCAGAAAUCCUGCUGGUAGUUCAAGAACCGCCGGACACUCCGCUGAACUUCCACGUUUCCAACUACAGCAGCCGCAGUGUGAGUCUGAGCUGGGAACAGCCGUACGACGGGAACAGCCGCAUAACGCACUACGUGGUCCAGUACAAGAACGCUUCAGUUACAUGGCAUUGGAAUGUUGCCCAGGUGCUGGUGCAAGGAGGCCAGCAAAACGUGACCGUGUCGGGCCUUCUGCCCGCCCGAGUUUACCAGUUCAGGGCCCUCGCUAGCAACUCCGUGGGAACGUCCAAUGCGACCAGAGCGCUCUCGGUCACCACAAUGGAGGAACCCCCUGAAUCCCCACCCAGGGAUGUGAAAGCUAGGACGAAAAGUUCAGAGAGUCUUUUUGUUACGUGGAAGCCACCAGAAGAGAAAUUUCAAAAUGGAGAAAUUCUGGGAUACUACAUUGGCUACAGAAAAACUAACUCUUCUGAUGCAUUCCAUUACAAGACGUUCGAAGUAAUUCCCGGAAUGCCGCUACAAGGCCUGCUCACCAACCUGCAGAAGUUCACAGAGUACACGGUUCUGAUACAGGCGUACAAUAAGGCUGGAGCAGGUCCCAAGAGCCCAGAAGUUACCGCCAUGACAGAUGAAGACGUUCCUGGAGCGCCUCCAGAAGACGUUAAGUGUAAGCCUUUGUCUUCUCGCGCCCUGUUUGUUCAGUGGUCCUCUCCCACUGCUCAGAUCAAUGGAGUGCUGCAGGGUUACAGGGUCUUGUACCGAGCUCUGUCCGACUGGGAAGUCGUUCCAGAGCCUUCGGCCCCUGCAGAGCGCGUGACGCAAGAGGAGCGGCUGGAGCUGCGCGACCUGCAGAGCUUCCGCAACUACAGCCUGGAGGUGCGGGCCUUCACCAGGAAGGGCGACGGCGUCGCCAGCCAGCCCGUCUUCUGCACCACUCUGGAGGACGUUCCAGGAGAACCAGCUGACAUCAAAGCGCUUGUUAUGGAUUCACAGACGAUCCUGAUUUCAUGGAGGCCACCAAAAUAUCCCAAUGGAAGACUGACAAAGUACAAAGUCUACAUUAGAUCGCUCGAUGGAUUUGGUUUGACGCGGGACCGGUUCGACAUCCCGGCGGGCCAGACGUGGUACCGCGUGUCGCACCUGGCGGAGCAGCGCCGCUACGAGCUGUGGGUGUCGGCAGCCACGGCGGCCGGCGAGGGCGCCCCCUCGCGCCGCGUGCAGCAGGCGCCGUCUGGCCGCGCGCCCGCCAGGAUCGCCUCCUUCAGCCGACAGAUGGCAGCACCGCCGCGCGCCCAGCUCUCGCUGCCCUGCCUCGCCGUGGGGCAGCCGCCGCCCGUGCGGCGCUGGACCAAGAACGGAAGUGCUGUGGAGACCAGCAGCCGGGUGCGGAUCAACGAGGAGUGGCAGCUGACCAUCAGCCCCACACGAAGCUCCGACAGCGGCGAGUACUCGUGUGAGGCAGAGAACGUCUUUGGGAGUGACCGCGUCGUGUACUCGGUAACCGUACGAGAAGCGUGGAACAGUGGAGUGCCGGCGGCUCCACUGGACCUGCGGGCCACACCAGCUGGCUACGACAGCAUUCUGCUGCAGUGGCGACUCCCUGAGGAGGCCCGCCGUACUGUACAAGGACAUUACCUGUUCUACAAGAAGGAGUUUGGAGAGUGGGAGCAGGUGAGACUGCCGGCAGAGGACAGGAACUGGACCCUGGGCGAGCUGCAGUGUGGCACCAGGUACCAGCUGUACCUGCAGGCGUUCAACCAGGAGGGUCGCGGGGCUGCCACCCCCACCGCUACCGUACGGACUCUCGGAACAGCACCUGUCGCCCCCACGGAUUCGAAACUGAUACGUAUCAACUCGACGUCGAUAUCGCUGAACCUGCGCUCGUGGGAGGACGGCGGGUGCCCCAUCACGUCCGUGGUGGUGGAGUACAAGGCGCGGCGCGAGCCGGCGUGGACGCUGGUGUCGAACAACGCGCAGGUGGCGCCCAGUGGCGGGGGCGGAGACCUGCCCGUGCUCGACCUGAGCGCCGGCACCGCCUACCUGCUGCGCGUCACGGCGCACAACAGCGCCGGCUCCACCGUCGCCACCUACGCGUUCGCCACGCUCACUCACGCCGGCGCUACUGUGUCACCAGAGUUGAUGGUGCAUUCAGAGUACAGCAACAGGGACCUGUACACAGGGAUCAACGUCAUUGUACCUAUCGUCACCGGAGUCUCAUUCCUAGUCAUCCUGGCAGCGGGCCUCUUGCUCUACCUGCGAAGAAUCUCAGGAAGGCUUUCACAGGAUAAGUAUGAAGAGAAGCCAGCUGACGCCUGUGCACCGGCAGACCUGGAGGGAAAGGGGGCGCAGCAGGCGCACCUCAUCGUUGAGGAGGGGCCAGCUUCAGCCUCAACCGCAGCCUCAACGGCAGCCUCGGCCGCUGCCUCAACGUCAGCGUCAGCGUCCGCCAGCGGGCAGCCACUGUACAUGCCCGCCAUCUCCCUGCGUGACGUCAGCCCCUACGCCACCUUCCGCGUGCCACUCGCCACCGCACAGGGCUGUCCAGACGUUGUGCAGGAGUCCGUCUACCACUCAGACUACGGUGGCGGAACCCCCAGUCCCAGAACUGUGACCAGUCAAGGAGGUGCUAUGGAUGUCACGUGCCGAAAGAUGCAAGAACCACGGAGUUACGGCGAUAAGUCGGAGUGGAUUCCGCUGAGGAACCUGUACCUCACCCACAGGUACUGACUGGAAGAGUGUGCACACGUCGACCUACCGGCAGCAGUCGUCAGAUACAGUUUACUGUCUUACCGAAGGCAGUGCUAAUAAUCCAAGUGCCUUGUGAACUUACUCUCAUGUAGAAUGAUACCGUACAAAGCGAUUCUCUUACGUGUAUAGGCUACACGUCUUAGUGAAGCACGAUACCCUUUU